AUGGGAGGGAGGAGGACAGCAGAGGCAGUCUCCUAGUUCUUCCUCUCCUUCUUCUCUCAAACAUCUGGGUGACAUCUGCAAGGAGGAUGAUGUCGCACAGCUUUUUGUCUGCAUUCCUUUACCUGCUGAUGCUCAGCCCCCCCAGGCUAAGCGCACAGGAGGUGCUGGUGCGUCUGGCAGGUGAGGGUCGGCGUGGAGAUAAUGAGGGACGUGUGGAGGUCUUCUAUCAAGGCUCUUGGGGGACGGUGUGCGAUGACGAGGUGGACAUUAACCUGGCUAAUGUGCUGUGCAGACAGCUGGGCUUUCAGCGCAGCUUCACCUGGGCGCACAGCGCCAAGUUUGGCCGGGGACAAGGUAUGAUUUGGUUGGAUAACGUACGCUGCAAAGGCACAGAACUUUCUGUGGCUCAGUGUCACUCCAAUGGCUGGGGGGUCAAUGACUGCACCCAUGCUGAAGACCUGGGAGUCAUCUGCAGCCCUGAAAGGAGAGCCAGGGCCCCCGCUGUCACAGUAGACCAAGUAUCUUCUUCCAACAGGCAGGAGAGACAGAGAAUCCCACAGCCUGCACCCCAUCCUGCUCCACCUGGAGCCAGCAUCCAGCCUCUUUCCAGAAGGGGUCACGAGAUUGCUCUCCACCGCACCCCCACCUCCUCACGGCGCAGCCAGCUCUCCCCUCAAGAAAACGGUCAUGAGAUUCAGAUUCUGCGACGUCAUCACGGAAGUGGGAGAUCAAACCAGCAGCCCAGCCAGUCUCUACCUCAAGGUCACCAGCUGCCGUCACGCCUGGCAAAUGGUGCCACCUUCAGGCCGAGGCAGGAGACAGUAGAAGGAAGCCCACAGGCGGUGAGACAGGCCGAGGAGCACCCCCAACGUGAGCCCCACUCCCAGCUACAAUCUGAGAGGAGGGAAGACCAGCAUCAGCAGCUCAGCGGAAACCAUGUGGAACCCGAUCCGAUCCAUCCAGACCUGGGAUUGGAGACUGAACCACAAGGCACAGAGGAAUCUGAGAGGGGUCACUUAGUCGAAGUUCGUAUUCAUCCUGUCCUGUCCAACUACCGUGGGGGUCUGGUGACAGAGGGAGUGGUGGAGGUGAAACAUUCUGGGAAGUGGCGUCAUGUGUGUGACCACGGAUGGGACCUGAGCAGCAGCAGAGUGGCCUGUGGCAUGCUGGGAUUCCCAGCAGCAGAGGCAUUUGACAAGCCUGCCUACAGGAAACUAUGGGAGUCCAAGUUGGCAGAUCCCUCAUCUGGGAUCAGGACACAAAUCCAGAAGAAAUCCUACUGGGUGGAGAAGGUGCGGUGUCAAGGUGUGGAGGCCUCCCUGUCCCAGUGUCACUCUCAGCUGUCCCUCCCCAGAAGCGAAGUCCCCUGCAGGGGGGGCAUGCAUGCUGUGGUCCGCUGUGUCCCAGGACACCAGUUCAGCUAUCAGAGCAGAACUCCAGCUCCACCUGCGGUAUCGCCUGUGGUGCGCCUGAAGGCGGGGGCUCGCCUCGGAGAGGGCCGCGUUGAAGUUCUGAAGGAGGGGAAGUGGGGCACAGUGUGCGACCACCUGUGGGACCUGAGCGCAGCCAGUGUAGUCUGCAGAGAGUUGGGCUUUGGCACGGCCAAGGAGGCUCUAACCCGGGCUCAGUUGGGACAGGGUACCGGGCUCAUCCACAUGAACAGCGUUCAGUGCACGGGCAGGGAGCGGUCCCUCACAGAUUGCCCCCACAGACCAGUGCCGCUUUACAGCUGCAAGCACAGCCAGGAUGUUGCAGUCCGCUGCAACGUUCCCGACAGUGGCCUCCAGGCCACGGUGCGUCUGUCAGGAGGCAGAGACCCUGGGGAGGGCCGGGUGGAGGUACUGAUGGAGGUCAGAGGAGCCAAGCGCUGGGGCUCCAUCUGCAGCGAGAACUGGGGUAUCAAUGAGGCUAUGGUGGUCUGCAGGCAGCUGGGCUUGGGCUUUGCUGCACGGGCCCAUCAGGAGACGUGGUUCUGGCCGGGAUCCCCGGAGGCCUCUGAGGUGGUUUUGAGUGGAACCCACUGCACUGGCACAGAGAUGUCCAUCCAGCAGUGUCGCAGGAACGGACAGGUCUACUGCCCCCGGGGGGGAGACGGCAGAGCUGCAGGUGUCACAUGUGUUGAAACUGCUCCUGACCUGGUGGUGGACGCCCAGCUGGUCCAGGAGUCGGCCUAUGUGGAGGACCGACCGCUCCACCUGCUUGUCUGUGCCAAUGAGGAGAACUGCCUGUCCUCUUCUGCCGCCAGGAUGAACUGGCCUUACGGACACCGCCGCCUGCUGCGCUUCUCCUCCCGCAUCAUGAACAUGGGCCGCGCCGACUUCAGGCCACGGGCCAGCAGGGAGAGCUGGACGUGGCACCAGUGUCACAGACACUACCACAGUAUUGAGGUGUUCACCCACUAUGAUCUGCUCACCCUGAAUGGGACGAAGGUGGCUGAGGGCCACAAAGCCAGUUUCUGCCUGGAGGACACAUACUGCCCUGAAGGUCUCCACAAACGAUUCUCGUGCUACAAUAUGGGAGAGCAGGGCAUUUCCGUGGGCUGCUGGGAUACGUACCGCCACGACAUUGACUGUCAGUGGAUCGACAUCACAGACGUGCGGCCGGGAGAGUACAUUUUUCAGGUGGAAGUCAAUCCAACUUUAGACAUGGCUGAGUCCGAUUUCCAAAACAACGCCAUGCGCUGUCGCUGCAAGUAUGAUGGAGCGCGUGUUUACGUGUACGGCUGCCAUUCGGGUGACGCUUACAGCGCUGAGGUGGAGGACCUGUUUGACCACCAGCGGCAGAUCUCCAGCAACUUCCUGUGAGGAGCCAGCACCACAAUCCGGGAGCAGCAGGAUGAAGCUCCUCACCAUGCCUGAAACGUCACGGCGGGGGGAGGGAGGGACAUAGCAGCAUGCCAGUUAACAGGGAGGGUUGGGGGAAGACGUGAACCAUUAGAACCUGAGACGUUCCUGUCAGCCUCCGUUCAGGUGUCGUAGAAGAAACCCAGUCAGAGCGGGCGGGAGUCUUCAUUCAGAGUUGUUCCCAGAGCUGCAAACUAAUGGUUAGAAUGAACACCAUCAAACCCAGAAUCCCGCCUAAGGUUCUGGUUUGUCUUCUUUGGUGCUACUUUGCCUUCUUGGAAUAAAUCUACAAUGUUUUGCUAAUGUCAUGUAUAGUUUCAUAUUACCUCUGGAUAUUGUUCUUCAGGGCGAUAAUUUAUGCAGAAUAUAAUGUACUUUUCAGGUGAAACUUGUUUGUACUGUUUAUAACUACUUCCACAUUGUUGUUCUAUGUGAGGGCGGGGGUAGAGGAGGGCUGGCGUAACAGAACUUGGUGAAGGUUGAAUAAAUGCUUGACAAACA